CACCGUGUCUCGCUGAUAUGCACGACCCACGCAAGCGCCGUUGCCAAUUCUCGAUGAAGCAGAGCAGUAUCAUCGGCCAUAGCAUGUUACCUAACCAAGACUAAACUCAUUAAAUGACGCGGAGUACGCGGAAUUCCUGAUCUCAGAGAAGCGAGACUAGGCAGAUGAUCGACACGGUCGUUUUCUGAAAGAUCGAACGAGUUCGGAGCUGAGCGAAAGGCGAUUCCGCAAGAGUAUGGCUCAAUAUGGCAAAAGCGAGAUUUAUCAUGUGAUUUUCAGAGGUUGCGGUCUUUCUGGGAGGGGAGAUGUGGGCGUAUUCGAUGUGAAGAUUCGAAGCAAUCUCGUUCAGACCACCUCUUCGUCGAAAAUCAUCCAGGAUGACUACCAAGAACUUUCCACUCUCGGACGUGCUCGCGGUCGCGAAAAUCCAUCCGUUCUACAAUUCAGAUGUACUUUAUCCACCGGGUCCUGAGCAGAUCCGGGCUAUUGUGCAGUCAGGAGUCUCUCAAUCCAGGCAGACUACGAGUAGCAGUCUCGAGUCGCUGCCACUGACAACCAAGAAGAAUCUCUAUCGGGUUAUCGAGCGACUGACCAAGGACACGAGCCCGCACAACGAAUACCGCCGCAGCGCCUAUGUCAGCAUCACAGGCGGUGGUUCCGGGGGUUUGCCGCUGAUGUUUUUGUCGGAUGCGAAUGAAAACCGGCAGCACCGCGCAGCAUUUGGCGAUUUCCUGAGGAUCUGCGGAGUGGUGAAACCGCAUGAUUGGAUCCUGACAACGCAUGCCGCGGGCUAUUGGUAUAGGUCUCUUGACCUCAUGACUGAGAUUCUAGAAAACGCAGGGGGGACGGUUCUCAGCGCUGGCAAUUUCAUGACUCCCGAUGAGGUUGUACGCGCCCUUGAGCAUUACCAUAUCAACGUCUUGACAGGCGAUGGCAGUCAAGUCAUUCAAAUUGUCCACCGGAUCGGAACCCUUCCGGCAGAGAAGCGAAAAGGGAUCAGAUUGACGAAAGUGAUCUACACCUCUGAGCCGCUGACUGACGGUCAGAGACAAUACAUCCGCGCGACGCUGGGCCCGGUCAAGAUAUGCUCCGUCUUAGGAAGCGCAGAAUCCGGGCCAUACGCCCUCCAUAAUCCGGACCUGACCGGGGAGGCCGGGCUCACAGGCUCCAUGGACUUUGUCUUUGACACCCGGAGCCUCGUGGUUGAAAUCUUGCCCCCUUCCGUCGUAGAAAGUGAUCCCCCGUCGGGGUUCAAGUCCCUGCCGGAAGGCCAGGAGGGAGUCCUCGUCCAGACUUCCUUGCAACGGCGGCGCAAUCCCCUUGUACGUUACAUCACUGGUGACCUCGCAUCGGUUCACCCACUCCCCGACCUUGCGCGAUCCGUGGUCCCGGAAUCGGAUCUUGAACACUUGCGGGUUCUCCGUUUGCGGGGUCGUGAUCGUCGCUUCAGUUUCAAAUGGUUUGGGGUGUACUUUGAAUUCACCAACAUCGAGAAGCUCAUGCAGAGGGAGGACUUCGGGCUUCUGCAAUGGCAGAUUGUCAAAGCGACCCAUGAUUCAUCCCCGCAGACAACGCUUGAGGUUAGGAUGCUCCGGGAGGCAGCGAGUGAACGAUUGAUCGCUCGACAAGAUCUCGUCCAUGAACUGGAGACUUUCUUUUUCGUGCUGCCCGAGAAUCGGCAUCUGUUCCGGCUGACGUUCGUGGAAGAUCUGGGUGGGUUUGAAAAGAGCGGCACGGGGAAUAAAGUCAUGAAAUUUGUGGAUCGAGCACAUUAGCAUCUUGCGCAACGCUCACACGUCAGGCUGUAGCCAGGAUACUUACCAAGGCCGUGGGAAAUGUGGUCCUGUUUUGAAUGAGGAACUUUGCACUCGCCUGUUUACUGCAUCUUUGUCGUGUAUUAGCUACUUACAACGUGUGUCUUUCCAUGCAUCUAGCACGUAACUCGCCGGGGCCUCUCAUCCGCCACAUCUCUCUAUCCGAGAUUAUCAUUGUGAUAUCAUUCAGCGUGUUUGAUAUAGUCUGAACAAGGCAUUUAGAAUGUCUGGUUGACAACGUGGUCUCACUAGUUCUAUCGAUUGCCACUAGUCGGGUUCAUUGCAUGUCCCAGC